AUAAACAAUAAUGGAAAGUGGAAUUGUGGAAACCAUCACAACAUUAUCAGUACAGUAGUCUUUUUAGGUUAUGAUUGACCAGAAUUAAUUUUAUGGUAGAGUUUAGAUUCUCAUCCUGGACAAUUAAUAGCAAUAACAUAUACAUAAAAUUUUAAAAUUCUUAACAAUGAAGAAAAACUGCCGUACUAGAAUAAUUGGUCGUGCCGUAAUCCUCGUUCCCUACAGAAAAAUACACGUUCCCAAGUACCAUCGAUGGAUGCAGUCUACAGAACUCCAGGAGUUGACAGCAUCUGAGCCGUUAACAGAAGAAGAAGAGUUUGAGAUGCAGCAGACCUGGUUUGCGGAUGAAAAUAAGUGUACUUUUAUAGUCCUUGACCGAAAAAUAUAUGAGGAGGGUUCAAAUGAAGUCGACGCUAUGAUAGGAGAUACGAAUCUGUACCUCGUAGAGGAGGAUGGCACUCUGACAGCCGAGACUGGGGUGAUGAUUGCAGAGGAGUCAGUGAGGGGAAUGGGGAGAGGUAGAGAGGCUAUGCUGCUCAUGUUGAGUUACGGUGCCACUUGUUUAUCAGUUAAGAAGUACAUUGCUAAAAUAUCAACUUCAAAUGAAAUAAGUAUUAAUAUGUUCAAGAAACUUGGAUUCGAAGUGGAAAGUGAGAGCAGUAUCUUCAAAGAGGUGACUCUCUCGGUGGAGGUCUCUCAAAAAUGGCUCUCUUGGCUGGAUAACCAAACUUGCCAUAGACAAAUACAGGAGGAAGACGUGGGCUUUAGCUGACUGUGAUAUAUCUUUAGUUGUUUUUAUUUGUAAAUAUAUCAUUGUUUUUCAGUUA